GUCUCUGUCUCUUUAAAAGCACUGUUUUUCCCGCGUAUUUAACGUACAUUUCGCGAGAUUUUCCCUCUCCUCGCGAGACUUGGCGUGACCCCCGUUUACAAGACGCGCGUUUCCCCCGCAGAGGAGCGCGCUCGCUCGCGCCCCCGACGCCCCCCAAACACGCGCGCUUCCCGCGUCGCUCGCUCGCUCGUGUUUGACGCUCGUCGGUCGAUAGGCGCGGAGCGACGAUGUGGAUCCAGAUCCGCACGAUCGACGGCAAAGAGACGCGGACGGUGGAGGAUCUGUCGCGCCUCACGAAGAUCGAGUCCCUGCGCGUCAAGAUCCGCGACAUCUUCAACGUGAAGCCGGAGCAGCAGAGGCUCUUCUACCGCGGGAAGCAGAUGGAAGAUGGUCAGACGCUCUUCGAUUAUAACGUCGGUCUUAACGACAUCGUCCAGCUUCUCAUUCGCUCGCAGACAGAUGCACCAGACAGCCCCUCCCUCAACAACGAUGAAGGCGUGGCCUGUAUUAUAGCCACGCCCACCACAGCAUGUGUCCCCGCCUCAGCCACACCCACCACAGCAGUGGUUCCCCCAGCAACCGUCACCAACAGCAACGGAAACGGGUCCAAACCCUGCAGCCCGGCGCCGGAGAGCCAGCCGUCCACCUCCAGCCAGACGCUCCUCAUCGAUCCCGGGAUCGGACUCUUCAGAGUGAAUGAGUUGGUGGACUGCAGGGACGUCAGCAUCGGCGCAUGGUUCGAAGGCGUGAUUGAGAAGGUCACUCCUGCCUCUAAAGGUCAGAACAGAGUCGGACGACCCUGCAAACGCACCAACGGCAAGCUGGACUCGGAUCCUUCGUCCUCAUCAUCAUCCACAGACACUCACAGCACAGCGCUACACUCGGAGCAACCGUCCACGUCCAGAACCGAUCCGGCUCUCGUCUCCUACCACAUUAGAUAUGAAGAUUAUCCGGAGAACGGCGUGGUGGAGAUGAGCGCAGAUAACGUUCGUCCGAGGGCCAGGACUGUGCUACGCUUCGACCAGCUGCAGGAGGGUGACCGGGUGAUGGUCAACUAUAACCUGGAGAAUCCUGAGGAGCGAGGCUUCUGGUACGACGCCGAGAUCACGAGCCUCAACGCCGUCUCACGCACCAACAAAGAGAUCCGCGUCAAGAUCCUGCUCGGAGGUCCGGGUGAUGUGAUUGGUGACUGUAAGCUGCAGUUUCUGGAUGAGAUUUACAGGAUCGAGAAACCAGGAGCACCAGCGCUUUCUGCAGCAGACGGCCCCUUCAAACGUAAGACGGGUCCGGAGUGUAAGCACUGUAAAGCGGACCCGGACGCUGAGUGUCGGUUCUGCUCGUGUUGUGUGUGUGGAGGGAAGCAGGACGCUCACAUGCAGCUGCUGUGUGACGAGUGUAACAUGGCCUUCCACAUCUACUGCCUGACCCCUCCGCUGACCGCCAUCCCAGAGGACGAGGACUGGUACUGUCCCACCUGUAAGAACGACAGCAGCGAGGUGGUCAAAGCUGGAGAGAAACUCAGAACCAGCAAGAAGAAGUCCAAGAUGCCUUCAGCCACUACAGAGAGCCAGAGAGACUGGGGCAAGGGUAUGGCGUGUGUAGGCCGCACUAAAGAGUGCACAAUCGUCCCCUCCAAUCACUACGGCCCCGUUCCUGGCGUUCCCGUCGGAACCACGUGGAAGUUCCGCGUUCAGGUGAGCGAGGCGGGCGUACACAGGCCUCACGUCGGAGGGAUUCACGGACGCAGUAACGACGGCUCGUACUCGCUGGUGCUCGCCGGAGGAUUCGAGGACGAAGUUGACCGGGGGGAUGAGUUCACCUACACCGGCAGCGGAGGUCGUGACCUCUCUGGAAACAAGCGCAUCGGCGAGCACUCGUUUGAUCAGACGCUCACACACAUGAACAGGGCCCUGGCGCUGAACUGUGACGCCCCUCUGAACGACAAAGACGGGGCGGAGUCUCGUAACUGGAGAGCGGGAAAACCAGUGAGAGUGAUUCGCAGCUCCAAGGGCCGACGGAUCAGCAAAUACGCACCGGAGGAGGGAAACCGAUACGACGGCAUUUAUAAGGUGGUGAAGUACUGGCCGGAGAUCGGGAAGUGUGGCUUCCUGGUCUGGAGAUACCUGCUGCGACGGGACGACCUGGAGCCGGCACCCUGGACCCCCGAGGGGAUCGAGCGCAGCAAGAAACUCGGCCUCAAAGUCCAGUAUCCUCCUGGGUAUCUGGAGGCCAUGGCUAAUAAGACGAAGCGUGAGGCGACGGUGCGAUCGGUGAGCGGCUCGACGCGCGGCAGGAAGAGAGGACGACCCCGGACCGGAAGACCGUCCAAGAGAAUCCCGGAGGAAGAGGAGGAGAAACCAGCGGAGAACACGGAGGAAGAGCUGCAGAGCAACGGCAGCGCAGACGCUCACGAGGAAGAGGAGGAGAACACGGGAGUGUGUGAGCCGCAGGAGGAGCCGCAGCUCAAGCGUCUGAAGGAAGUGGAGUCGUUCGUUCUCUCAGAGCAGCAGCGGAGUCUGAUACAGGAAGACGAGCCCAACAGGAAGCUGUGGGACGAAGCGCUGAGCUUCCUGUCCGAGGGACCGAACUUCCUGCGGAAGGUGGAGCAGCUGUUCAUGUGUGUUUGCUGUCAGGAGCUGUCCUUCCAACCCGUCACCACCGAGUGUUCACACAACGUCUGCAAGACGUGUCUGCAGCGCUCGUUCCGAGCCGAGGUCUUCUCUUGUCCCGCCUGUCGUCAUGAUCUGGGCAAAGACUACACCAUGAGCCUCAACAAAACCCUUCAGCUGCUCCUGGAUCAGUUCUUCCCCGGAUACAGCAAAGGACGAUGAAUCUGAUCCACAACAAAUGGACAAAGAUCUGCUCUCCGCACAAGCGUCUUACACACACACACACACACACACACACACACACACCAGCCUGACAUCCGUGUUCACAACCGCAAACCCAGUGGAUGUUGGGACUCGACCUCUUCGACACUCAUUAUGAACAUCAUCAGCAUCUGGAUCAAUCACACCGCGUCAAAAACACUUACCACUCAGUUCACACUAAAACUAAAUGGUUAUAUCAAUUAUUCAUCAUAUAUAUAUAUAUAUAUAUAUAUAUAAUUCUAAUAAUUAUUCUAAAUAAGUAAUUAAAUAUUUACAAAAUAAAUAUGAAAUACAUAAAAAUAAAAUAAUUAUAUUUUGCACAUAAAGAAGCCUAUUUUGUGAUCAUUUGCAUCGUGACACACUUAAACACAUUUUAUACCAAAUUCUCAUGAAUGUGUCCAGAUAUUUUAGUUUUGAGUUAUUUAGUUGAAGUUAGUUUUUUUUAUUUCUGUUUAGUCUCAAAUAUUAUUGUUUAAAAAGGAAAAAAAAGGAUGUUUGUUAUUAAAACUAGCAUAAAAUUAGAGGCAGUGCAACAAAUGUGUAAAUGCUUUUAAUAUGUAUCGUUUUUAUAUUUACUUUUAAUAUUUAAAAUAUCGAAAUACAAUUUAACCAAAAAAUAAUAUAUCCGUUUCUUUUGCGUUAUAUUAAUGGUAUAAAAUGUGUUUAUGUUUGCUAAACAAUUAUGUCACUGUUUAGAAUAUCUGAAUGGUCUUUAAAAUAGGCUUCAUUAUCUUAAAGCAAAAUAUAAUUCUUUGUACCUUUGAAUAAUUUGGGAGUGAACUAUGAGUCAAACGUGUUCUUUGACGUGAAUCGAAUGACUGAAUCUUUGAUUCUCUGCUCUGUGAAGCUCAAAGCUGCGGUGAAACGGAGAAUCAGUGUGAAUCUCUCCAGAUCUGCUGAUGUUUCUCCAUCUUCAGCUGGAUCGUCGUGACAGACGGAACGAAUCCGCUGCUCAGUCAUCGUGAACGUGAUCCCAAGCGUUCAUCUGUUCUCUGUUUGUUCCCUUCAGUUGUUUGUUGCUUGGUCUCUUUGUCUCUUUUUGUGGUGAUGUCGUUUUUCUCAAAGAUUUCUGCUUUUGUUUUUCAGGAACUGCAGAUGUACGAUGUUUUUCCUCUCGUCUGUGACGUGUGUCUUUCCCACAGCGAUAUCCCAUCUUUGAUUUCCAGUGCUGGCUUUCCUCUCGUCUGUGAUCUAGGCUGUUUUCUCUCACGCUCUCGCUCUUCUGCUGCGCUUUCCUGUGGUGUUUUAUGUUUUAUUGCACUUACUGAUGAUGAGAAAUGAGAUUGUGACGGAGCCGUCGGUUUAUUUUCCUACCUGUUUGACUUUCACCAUUCGCUGUUUCAGUGUGGCAAAUCUGAUCUGCGGUCCCGGCAGAAACAUCGCUUCGAAUUGUGAUUCCGAAUUUUAUACAUGGUAUAAUACUUGUUAUGUACUUAUUAAAUAUUUUGAUUCCAGAA